AUGGAGUCAUCGUUCCCAUUUGGAGUGAUCCUUGCUGUCCUGUCCUCCCUCAUCAUUGCAGCUAAUUCACUAGUGGCUCUGGCUGUGCUGUUUUUGAUCCACAAGAAUGAUGGCGUGAGUCUCUGUUUCACCUUGAAUCUGGCUGUGGCUGACACUGUGCUUGGUGUAGCCAUCUCUGGCCUGGUGACAGACCAGCUAACCAGCCCCACCCGGCCCACACAGAAGACCCUCUGCAGCCUUCGGAUGGCAUUUAUCACUUCCUCAGCAACUGCCUCUGUCCUUACGGUCAUGCUGAUUGCUUUUGACAGGUACCUUGCCAUCAAGCAGCCCCUCCGCUACUUCCAGAUUAUGGAUGGGUUUGUGGCUGGGGCCUGCAUUGCUGGGCUGUGGUUGUUGUCUUAUCUGAUUGGUUUCCUCCCAUUUGUAGUCCCUGUAUUCCAGCAGACCACCUACCAAGGACCCUGCAGCUUCUUCUCUGUGUUUCACCCGGUCUAUGUACUGACCCUCUUCUGUGCUGGCUUCUUCCCAGCCCUGCUCAUCUUUGUCUUCCUCUACUGUGACAUGCUCAAGGUUGCCUCCGUGCACAGUCAACAGAUCCGAAAGAUGGAGCACGCAGGAGUCAUGGCUGGAGCUUACAGGCCCUCACGACCUCCCAACGACUUCAAGGCCAUCCGCACUGUGACUGUUCUAAUUGGAAGCUUCAUUCUGUCUUGGACUCCAUUUCUUAUCACGGGCAUUGUGCAAGUGGCCUGCCAAGAUUGCCACCUCUACAUAGUGUUGGAACGGUACCUGUGGCUGCUCGGUGUGGGCAAUUCUCUACUCAACCCACUGUUCUAUGCCUAUUGGCAGAAGGAGGUGAGGCAGCAGCUCUACCAGCUGGCUGUAGGAAUCAAGAAGGGGAUUGCCUCACUGCUUCUCUUCCUCUCAGCCAGGGAUCAUGGCCCAGAGGGACCCAGAGGAAGCUCCUGUCAUAUCGCCACUAUCUCCUAG